AUGAUGAUGAAACAAUUUAUCCUUACCAUUGUUACUUUACUAUGUUUAUUAAAUGGAAUAGUUAGUGAUACACCUGACAACAGUGCUCCAAAACAUUAUCGAAUUACACAUGAAGCUGUAUUUAAUAUUGUUAUUAAAGAAAAUGCUGAAACAGAUGAAAUUUUAUCUGAAGGAAAAGUUAUUAUUGGACUUUUUGGUGAAAUUGUUCCUAUGACCGUUUUAAAUUUUGUUACGAUCACGAAUGGUGUCGUUCGUAGUAAUAUCAAUUUUACAUAUAAUGAUGUACCAAUUCAUCGUGUUGUACGAGAUUUUUGCAUUCAAACAGGUGAUUUUCUGAAUCGUGAUGGUACAGGAAGUGAGUAUUCAUAUCAAGAAAAGAAAAAAAUUGAAAAUUUUGAUUUAGGUACAAGUAUUUAUGGAACAAAAUUUGUCGAUGAGAAUUUUCGUCUUAGUCAUAGAUCAGCUGGAUGGGUUUCAAUGGCAAAUCAUGGAAAAGAUACAAAUGGUUCACAAUGGUUUGUUACUUUAGUACCAUCUCGUUGGCUUGAUGGACAUCAUGUUGUUUUUGGUCGUGUUCUUCAGGGUAUUGAUUUCAUUCAUGAAAUUGGAGAAAUAGAAACAUAUCCUGGUACAUCAAUACCAAAAAAAUAUGUUGGUAUUGUUCAUGGUUCAGCUACUGAAGUAGAAAAACGAUAUGAUCUUACUUUGGAAGAUCUUAGUUCUAAUGAAGAUAUUAUAGUUGCUUAG